CUCCAUUCUCUUCUGUUCAACAAGUUGCCAAUGGCUCCAAGAAGAGUGCUUGAAGUCCGGUCAGGAGAUCAAGACACACAAAAAUGGCGAGUGCCUCUGCGAGAAGAUGUGUUUGAGUCGUUCAUAGCCCAUGCAGGGGACACUGCUCACAAGGUCUUUGCUGAUGGAUCGCUUUUCAAUCCUUUCCUCUUCCGCAAGUUCUUCGACCCUGCUGAUGCUUUCCCUUUGUGGGAGUUUGAUUCCGAAGUCCUCCUCAAAGCAGUUCGGACUGCCUCUAAUUCAAGUGUUGAUUGGCAGGAAACAGAUACAGAGUAUAUCUUGAGAGCUGAACUUCCAAGUACAAAGAAAUGUGAGGUUGAGAUCGCUGGUGAAAAGGGAAAGGUUGUUGAGAUAAGUGGGCAAUGGAGGGGCAGAGAAUCUGAAUCAAUGGAUUGGAAAGCAGGCCGCUGGUGGGAGCAUGGAUAUGUUAGAUGUAUCGAGCUGCCAGAGGAUGCGAAUUGGAAGAAGAUAGAGGCAUACAUUGAUGAUGAGAACCUUCUUCAGAUAAAAAUACCAAAGAAUAAUUCAGACUCUAAUGCUCUUCAAACCAGUGCUGUGGAGCCUAAGGAAUCUGAAUUUGUAUGAAUCACGGCAAGCAUUGGAAAUUUCACUAUAAAAUUACUUUAACACAAUGAUACUACUUCAUAACAUAUGUACUAAAUAAUACUAAACCUUUACUAUAAGCCUACAUUUACUAUAAGCCUCUGAAUCUCUUUGUCAUGGAUGAUGGACAUAAAAGGUGUACUUGGUGUUGGCAAUUACCAUACAGUACAAAAUGCAGAAAAAGAAAAUGGUGAAAAUUGUUUGAAGAACACCUGUUUUCUAUCCUUCUUAAUAAGAAUGUAAACCGAAGAACACUAGUUAAACAGAAAUAGAGAUCCAAGAAGUAAGAAUUUCCAAAGAUUAAGAGAAUGGCAUCUUAAUCAAAUCUGCAACUUGAGAAGCAUUAAUCAGAAUCGAACAUUUUAUCUAUUGAUUCUCGGCACAUUCAAUGACCCAUUUGAAGGGACAACACCAACACAAUUGUAGAAUUAGACAUAUUGAUUGUUCAAAUGGGAAAUUAGAUUUUUCACCUCUAGUUGCAUUAUUAGAAUGCUAAUUAUACAAAAAGAAACCAAUCGAAGGGAUAAAGCCAACCAAAAAAUUGAUGGAGACUGACACUAUAUCAGAUAAAGUUCUUCAAGAUGCACAAAUCUGGAUCACUGGAUUGGUUGUGUCUGAUACACGCAUUUGACUUUUAUAUAGAGAGAUGUAAAUCAUGGUAGAAAGGAAACAUUCUCUUUCAGGGAAAAAAAAAUCAUCCAGAACUUUGCAAGGUGGAACCAUAAGGAGAGCAUCAACAAAAAAAAAAGCACAAAAUGUCACGCUAAAGCUGGUUGAUGAUAGUUUGUUAUACAAAAGAGAAGUGUAAGUAAAAUAGUAUUGACAUGAAGUCACUACAUGAAAGAAAAUAGAAUUUCAAAACAUCACUAUGACAAUGUAUUUCUUCAAAAAUUCAGCAUAAGAUAAAGUAGCUGAAAUAUCAAUGGCCAUUCAACUUUUGGCAUCGACAAACAAAGAAACUCAAAAGAAAAUUCAGAAAAGGUUCUCAUAUUUAUCCAGAUAACUCAAGGGGCCUCAGCCAACGACCUUCGGGUCUAUUGGUAUACGGGUCGCCGAUAGAACUCUCACCGAGUGGUGAGAGUUCGAUUCUCUGCUGAGAGCAUAUUUCUGGGAGUUGUGAAUAGUGGUUGUGUACGGGUGGUUUGCAGCACGUGAGUGCGGCCCCGUCCCCACUUGUUCCACCGAGACUUGUACACGUCCCUAAGUCUCUAGUGGAUUCGCCCCACUCCUCUUUCCCAAAAA